ACAGUUAUUACAAAAUCACAGACACAAAACCGUACAACAUGGACUGCGCCCCACUUAAUUUGGCCCACUUCCACGAGCGGCGUUCAGAGCGUUUCAUACGCAACCAUCGGUACGAGGAGGCCAUCAAAGCACUGGAAACGUCCCUAAUUUACAUGCAGGAUGCCCAAAAGAGGGUCUCGCUGCCCAAAUCCAAGGAGGUUCUAGACACCCUAACACUGGAUUUCCAACGAAAACUGCGGCAAAUUGAGAUGCGGAAAACACAGCAUGGCCUGAAUAAGCUAAAGGACUUUGCUCCUUUAAAGGAAACCAGUCCCAUGUUACCGCUCCGGCCGGACAACAGCAGUAGUGGCGGCGUCGGCAGCGGAGGAGGGGCACUGGGUUCCGCCCAGUCCGUUGCCAAGGCCAUUGACAAAACAGUGCAGGACUUUGAUGCCAAGUUCACAUCCACCCUGGUGACAAAGGCCACCUUGGCCAGCUCAGAACCUCAGAUGGAGACGCUUAAGAGAAGCACUGAUUCGGCGGCGGAGGGUGACGAGACAGACCCCCACGAGCAUCGCUUGACGGGCAGCGGUGACCUGGAUCUGCCUGCGCUGGCUCCCCUGGAGCUGCCCUCAUUCGAUUAUACCCUGUUCACUAGUUCGUCUGCACCGUCGCUGGCCAGUUAUGCCGGGAUGGCCGAGAGCUUCCAGAAGUAGCCUAAAAUGUAAAAUUUCUUGAUUAAGUUCUUGGUUUUCUUUCCAAAAUACAAGUUAUAUUAAAGUAAGAAAUCUUGUAAGUUUAAGAAUAAAGUUCACCAAUAAUUAUGCAUUAA